CCACUUGGAAUCUCAAAAUGAUACAAAUUUGCUAGCGGUUCUGAUGGCAUUCUUUGCGUAUCUUUUGCUCUGUGAGUAUUUUCUUCAAUUACUAGGAUGUCAAUGGCUCGUUUGGCUCGUCGCUCCGCCCCCCGAGUUUGUCGUAAACCCGCAGUCUGACGGGAAUAAGGCAGAAAUAAGAGCGUCCAGGACUCGUCCGUUUCUCCAGGACGCACACUCGGACCUCGGAGAACGCGGUUACGCACGGCGGACACUUGGCGUCUGGCGGCAGCGCGCGCAUCCACGGGCUUGUGGCAGCUUCAGCAAACUCGCUCGCGGGCUGAACCAUGUCCUUGAGCCCCAAACACUCAACGCCUUUCUCAGUGAGCGAUAUUUUGAGCCCGAUCGAGGAGACCUUCAAGAAGUUUGCAGCCAUGGAGAGCAGCGCGAGCCUGGCGUCUCCUCUGUACAGACAGACUCAGGUGUCUCAGGCGAACCUGCAGCAGCACAGCAUGAGCCAUAACACCUACCACAUGCCGCACUCGCAGUUCUCGCACAGCGCCAUGGGAGGAUACUGUAACGGGCCUAUCGGCACCAUGGGAGACCUGCCGUCCUAUCAGGAGAGCAUGAGGACCGGCGCGACGGCCACGGCUUGGUACGGCUCGAACCCGGAGCCCAGAUACCCAACAAUCUCCAGGUUUAUGGGUCCAUCGGCGGGCAUGAACAUGGGAACAUUACCGGGCAUGGAUGCAAGUAAAUCUAUGGUGACUUUACACGCGGCGCCGCGGAGGAAGCGGCGCGUGCUCUUCUCUCAGGCGCAGGUGUACGAGCUGGAGCGCCGCUUUAAGCAGCAGAAGUAUCUGUCGGCGCCGGAGAGGGAACAUUUGGCCAGCAUGAUUCACCUGACACCGACCCAGGUCAAGAUCUGGUUCCAGAAUCACAGAUAUAAAAUGAAACGCCAGGCGAAGGAUAAAGCGUCGCAGCAGCAGGACAGCGGAAGCCUGUGCGCGCAGCAGUCGCCGAGGCGCGUGGCCGUGCCGGUGCUGGUUAAAGACGGUAAACCGUGUCAGAACGGCUCCAGCACGCCGACGUCGGUCCAUCAGCAGGUGCAGAGCGUGCUGGGCAGUGAGACUCUAGCUUCGGCCGAGGAUCUGGAGGAGAUGUCGCCCAGUCCUCCUCUGAUGAACAGCCUCUCUCAGACUGACGCCGCGCUCAUCGAGUACACGAGCGGCAUGGUGAGCUCCAACCUGCUGUACGGCAGAACGUGGUGAUAUUUCCGCCGGCGAGCAUUUUUACCAACACAGACAAUAAUAACGACAAUUGCAUUUCCUCAAAGACCUUUUUUAAACAUCAUUCGUCUGAUGCAGCGGUCUGCGGACCCUCACGUGAUUUGUAUGGAUUGUAACAUUAAAUCAUUAUUGACUGAAAACCUUGGUGCGGAUGAGGAGUGUGUGUGAUGAAGACUAGUCUAGCGUGAUGCCAUUAAUCCGACAUCAGUUUUGUUGCUUUGUAAAAUACGAGCUGUAGAUGAAAUGUUUUGUGUACAUAUCUAACACUGGACAAAGAAUGCUUUCUUGAAGUCUUUUGUAAGUUUUAAAGGAAACAAAAUAAAUAUGAGUGCUGCAAAUAUGAAAGAAA